UUUUUCACAUGUUUAUGAAAACCACAGUUUCAAUUCUACACACAUUUCUCUCAGAUUUGAUUUAAUUUUUCCCCUAAUCUUUUAACCUAAUUCUGAUUAAAUCCUAUGGCUUCAACCCAAACCCCAGAUUUUCGAGGCGAUUUCAAGGAAAAUCAACCCGAUUCCGGCCGCGAUUACCGUAAUCUGAACUCCUUUCCGCGGCCGCAGGUGACGGAGGCGCAGCCGCUCCGCAUGGCGCUCAUGAAGGAAGAGGCGCCGGAUACGGCGGAGGAGAAGCCGCUGGUGUUUUUGCAGCCGCCGGCGAAGAGAUCGUCGACGAAAGACCGCCACACGAAAGUCGAGGGGCGCGGCCGCAGAAUCCGUAUUCCGGCGACGUGCGCCGCUAGGGUGUUCCAGCUCACGCGAGAGCUCGGCCACAAGUCCGACGGCGAGACCAUCCGCUGGCUGCUCGAGCAGGCGGAGCCGGCGAUAAUCGCCGCCACCGGUACCGGAACCGUCCCCGCCAUUGCCACGUCAGUCAACGGCACGCUGAAAAUCCCCACCGCCGCCGCAUCCGUAUCCGAAUCCGUUUCCGCCUCCGCCGCGGACGAUCGGAAACGCAAGCGCCUGCCUACCGCCGAAUUAAUCGACGUGAACAGCUUCAGCUGCUCGCCGCGGAAUUCCUCCGCCGCGACCACCGCCUCCGCCUCCGCAGCUACCAAUAAUUUCGCAAUUACGAAUGCUAAUAAUUUCGCAAUUAUUUCGAGCAACAACGCGUCGGUCUCAGCCCCACUCAUGCCAGUGAUACCGAUUCCCGCAGUCUGGGCGAUCCCCAUGGUUACAUCGACGUCGAACUCGCAGUCUCCGACGUUUCUCAUCAUUCCGCCGAAUCAAUCUACGCAGGUCGUCGCCAUCCAGCCCGGCGCCGCCGCGAUGAACAUGACGCCGGUGGUCAACAUUUCCGCGCCGAUCUCCGCAUUCGUCUCCGCCAUGCAAACCUCAACCUCGGCGGCGCAAAUCAUGCAAUCCGCCGCCGCGGAUUUCACCCCCAAACUUAAUAAUACGCCGAGCUCGAGCAAUAGCUCCGCCGCGGCAAAGAAGUCUCAGAUGCUGAGAGAUAUUUCAUGGGAGAUUCACGAUAAAAAUUCACGAAAUUAGGUCAUAUUUCGGAAUCAAUUUCUACUCCUCCGUGAAAUUGAGCUGCAGAUCUCACCGAAAAUCUCUUCGCGGAGGGCAGCGGCGGUGGUGGAGGAGCGCACGUGUGAGGGCGGCAACGCUCGCAGCUAGGAUUGGGAGAAAUUUUGUUGGGGAGUGGGCCCACGUGGUGGACCCCGGUGGCGGCCGCCGUGGUGGUCCCGGAUCUUGGGCUAGGUUUAAACAGAGGAAAAGUAAGGGUGGUGGGCUCCGUUAGACGUGGCCGUGUUAAUGGGCUUCUGAAUUUGGUGGGCCUUUUGUUAUUAUUUUGACGUGUUGUGUUUGGUGGUCCAUUUUCCUUUUUAUUUUUAAAUUUCAGAUGCUUAGUUUUGGGGUCAUAAAUCCUGUAUUUUAAUAUUUUCAUAGUUAGGUUUAUGUUAAUUUAUUUUACUUGUUACUAAUUUUACUAAGAAUGUUCUUGUAUGAUUUCGAUCCACCAUGGGUCGAAAAUGUUGCCAAACAAUUUUGGACUUGGUAGCAUUUCAGUUAAAUACAGACAUGCAUAUCUAAAUAAAAUUGAAAUAUAUUUUCAUAAA